GGCGCUGUGAUAGGCUCUUUGCUAAGAGCUGGGGUUUGCGCUGUGUGUUUUGUUGGAGACAGAGCAGUGUUUUCAGUAGUGGAAGUGUGAACUCGCAGUCAGAAAUCGGAGAGACGGAGAUCUGUAGAGGCGGAACAGCGGAUUGAGGCUGAGGCUGAGAGAGGAUGCACACUACUCGCAGUCCCGCGUCUAUCCAGGCUGGAGUGCCCAGUGACGCACUGGAUCUGAGCUUGAGCGGGUCGCAACUUUCCAUGGGUCGUAGACCCAGCAGUGCUUCGCCAGGGAAACACUUCUCCCGCUCUAUAUCCGUGUCCGUGGCCAGUGAUGGACGUGGCAAACGCAACACUCCGCAGGUUGAUGGAGGGAUUGGUAGUUCCCGUGCAAUUAAGAACCUGCGGCGAUCAAACAGCACCACGCAGGUGAAUCAGCAGGCCGACGCUAGACUCAGUGAGGGCCAUACAGAGGAUUUCUUGACUCUGUUUGACAGCAGCUCUGAUGGCCGCCAGAAACUAGCCAGCCUCACAAAAGCCUCCCCAGACCGAACAACAUGGAACAUUCUGGAUGACCAGCCACGAGCGUUUCCAUUGCCCUCCAGCUCCCGCAGCACCUGCAGUAUGGAUUCCCCCACUGGCCUCAAAAAGAGAGACUCCGGGGUCUCCCUGGCUGAUAAUUUCACUGCCAACAACAGGAGCAGUAAAGCAGCUGUGGGUAACUCUGUGACGACUAUGCUGCACAACAACCACUCAGACAAGCCUCUCACACCCAAGAGCUCCAACCAGAAACCCUGCUUCAACAACAUCAUCAAAGCCACAGUGAACGAUGAGGGGACGUUAGAAAGCAGCUCCCUCACUAAGUCUCAGAAGAACUUCUCGGCUUCAUCAGGCGCCAAUAACAACGCUUCCAGCUCCCGAAGUCCUCGCAGCCCUCGCAGACAAGAGGUCACCGAGGAGGAGGCUGAGAGGUAUAUCCAGCAGGUCAGCCAUGCAGCAGUCACUAUCCAGCGCUGGUACCGGCACCAUGCCAGCAGAAGGAAAGCUAAUGAAACCGCCCUCAAGCAACUGCUCACUUCUAAAAGAAAGGAAAGAGGGCAACAACUGGGAACUGACAAGGCUGUAAAGUUGCAGAAAAAGAAAGAGGAGGACAGGAAGCGCAUCAGAGAAGAGAAGGCCCGCCUGGCUCGACUCACUGCUAUCCAGGAGCUGCAGCAGAAGAGAGCACAGCGAGCUGAGGAGGUGCAACGAAUUGCAGAACAGGAAGUGGAUGCCCUGCAGCAAGCUGGAAAAGUGGGGCACAGGAAACUCACUCAGAGUUUGCCCACGUCUCCUAUAGCUGCCAAGGCCAUGAACACAGAUUCCAAUGUGAAUUUAGAGAGUGAACCAGAUGUGGCCAAUCUGAGAACAGCAUCACCUACGGUGUCAACACGAAGAGGCUCUCGGUGUUCUCAGAAGAUUCUGCAGCGCUCUGUGAGCGUAGAGGACCAAAGACAGGGGGCAUCAUCAAGCAGAGCUCAGUCUAAAACAACCCUCAAUGACCUGCUGGAUUCUCUUAAACUCCUAGAGGAAGGACCAGAGCAACUUUCCGAGGCUAAGAGCUACAGGAAGGAGAAAUACGCCUGGAUUGAUGAGGAUGGAGGGUCUAUUACCUUAACUACAGAUAAUGUGGAAAGACAUGGGCAGAUGAUUCAGAGCCCUGCCCUGUCGGAUGGUGGAGCACUACUGUCCGAAGCCAAGCUGCAGAGCAUCAUGAGCUUCUUAGAUGAGAUGGAGAAGUCCGAGCAGGAGAGGCCACGUUCAGUUACUUCUGGAUCGCACAGAGAGGUGUUGCUAUCUGAGGAAGAGCUGGCUGCAGUGGAUCAGGCUUCUGCUACUGCUGCUGAGGUUACGGGCUCUAUGAUGAGACUCAAACUGGAGCUGGAGGAAAAGAAGCGCACGGUCACCAUGCUGCAGACUGCACUGACACAGCAGAGAGAGCUGACUCUUCAUCAUGUGAAGGAGACUGAAAAGGAGCUCAGCCACAAUUUCCAGCUGCAGAAACAACAAUAUGAGGCGACAAUUCAACGACACUUGGCUUUUAUCGACCAGCUGAUUGAUGACAAGAAGGCCCUCAGUGAGCGCUGUGAGGGUGUGGUGACUGAGCUCAAACAGGUCGACCAGAAAUACACAAAAAAGAUCAACCAGAUGCAGGAGCAGCAUGAACUAGUGUGGCAAAUUCUGGGUCCCUUGUGUGAGGAGAUUAAAAAACUGAAAGAGUUGAUGAGUGCCACAGAAAAGAUACGGCGAGAGAAGUGGAUUGAUGAGAAGACUAAGAAGAUCAAGGAAAUUACUGUCAAAGGCCUGGAGCCAGAGAUCCAAAAGCUGAUCUCCAAGCACAAGCAAGAGCUGAAGAAGCUGAAGGCGAUGCAUGAGGCCGAGUUGCUGCAGGCAGAUGAGAGAGCAGCACAGCGCUACGUCCGCCAGAUUGAGGAGCUCCGGCAGCAGCUGGAGAGAGAGAAAGACGAACAGUGCCAGCGUGAACGAGAGCUCGCCAAGCAAAGGUUUGAGAAGCAGCUACAGGAAGAAGAGAAUGCCUUACAGCAGCAGAGGAGACGACUCUAUAAGGAUGUCGCUGAUGAGAAGGAGCGAAUUGCCCAGCAAGCUGCAAGGCAACAGGCAGACCUGGAAGAGUUGAAAUCUCAGUUGGAGAGCAACAGCUCUCUGGCUAAUCGUGCUCUAAGAGAGGAGAUGGAGAAGAGCAGAGAAGAGCAGGAAAGAAGGCACCAGGUGGAAAUGAAGGCACUGCGGGAAAGGCUAGAAAUUGAGAAACAGACAUGGGAGGAAAACUACAUGAAAAAGGAGGAAGUGUGGCUACUCACCCGAGAGCGAGAGAUGAAAGAGGAAGUGCGCCGGGGUCGGGACAAAGAAAUUGAGUUUGCCAUUCGGAGGCUAGAAGAGGAGACGAGCGGUGCAAGAGAAGAGUGUGAGAGAGCUGCAGACAACCGGGUAAAGCGUGUGAGGGAAAAAUAUGAAGCAGAGCUUCGAGAAUUGGAGCGCUCUGAGCUGGCUGCUCUGGAGAAGCAACAGGAGAUGAAAAAGAAACUGACUGAGAUGGAAGGAGAGCUUCUCCGCUUGCAGUCCCUUCUUACACAAAAAGAGCAGGAGAUCACUGAUAUCACACAGAUCCGUGAUAAGAUGUCAGAAGAGAGGCGGAGCCUGGCUGAGGUUAUCAGAGAGGAGUUUGCAGAGAGACUGGUUGUAAUGGAGGAAGAAAACAGGAGGUUGAAGGUGGAGGUGGCAGAGGUGCGCGCGAGACUCCGAUUGGAGGUGGAGCGACUCAGCCGAGAGAAAGAGGAAGAGCUGGCAGAGGUCCACCAGCGGGUGAAAUCAGCUAUUUUGAAGAAGGAGGAUACUGUGAACACUUUACGAAAGCAGCAUGAGGCUGCGUUAAAGAGAGCAGAUCACCUGGAGGCCUUGCUGGAGCAGCAGAGAAAACAGCUGUUAGGGAAAUGAUUUAUAUUUCUCUCCUUUUUCCCUUAUCACUAGAACUGAGUGAUGAGGCGAAGGGAGGGAUUACAUUUCGAACACAUUUCUCAGUUUGGUACGACAGUGUUGUCUUUCCCUUGGCGACAGAAGUUUAACCAAAGGGAGGCUUUUCUGAACACAGAAUAGAGCCAAGAGGCCUUUAACUUGGACUAGACCACAAACUUUUCCUGACACAGACGGAGGGAGAGAAAUUGCAACAGGCGGGGAAGAGUGCAAGGGGGAGGAAAUAUUCCACCGGAGAUGUUUCUCCAUAUGAGCAGGGUGGGGGUGGGAAAGGCCAUAGAGGCUUUGACAAUAAGCACUUUUAGCUGUUCCAAACACUUUGUGCUAUCCUUUCUUUGAAGCAACUCAUUGUGUGAAAAAAGAAAGGGAGAGAGAGAGAACAAGCAAAAGAGAGGGAUAGUUUAGAAAUUGAAAAGUAGUCGAAAUAAAUAGAUGUAUCAACCACAACAGUACCCUGUGGCUGUUUCAGACUCUUUCUGUGCUACAGUCUUUCAGCUUCAACACAGUAUUACAGGAGGAAGGAGGGCGAACUUUCACCCUCCCACCUUCUCUUUUGUGUCACAUACAGAUGCCUUUUGUCUCAGGUCUCCCCCGGGCUCAACCAAAGUCCUGGGAUCACAGCAUGCUCACUGAAACAUGCAGGCCUUAUGACCAGUCAAGCCCUACAUUUAAAGUGUGUUCGAGGUCUAAGUGGGGUGGUUCUAGUUAGGUUUUAAACAGAGAAUAUUCUAGAAACUUUAAAAAAAAGUUGAGUAAAAAAGAGAGAAAAAUUGUCUCAAACAAUGAACACGUAGCUAUCUUUUAGGGUAGGAAAAAGGUGGAUAUAUUAGUAGUGGUUACGUUAUGAGAAAGUGCCAAAGUAGGUCUUUUGAAUUCUACAGUUAGAAAUAGUGAGAAGGAUUUAGAAUGUGAAAUGAAGGUGAAUAGACAAAUGAAAGUGCAAAGGACAUGUUUAGAGGAUUAAGGAAAGCAGAGCUAGCUUUUAAAGGGGCAGCAGGCUUUUGUGUAGCUAACACUAAAAGCUUCACCAUGAAAUGUAAGAGGCCUGAGACAAAAUACAUUAAUACAUUAAAGAAUGACUGGAGGCUUAUACAUGCUUACUUUCCUCUCUGUCCUCCAGCAACCCCCAUGUUCUCUUAUUACUCCAUCAUGAUUGGCAGAUUCAUGGUAAUGGAUUGACAGAAACUUUUUUUGAAGCCCUGUUGAUCUUUCUCUUGCCUUCAUAAGAAUGCCUGCUUUUUGUUGUAGACUAUAUGAAACAGGACUUGUUUUCUGCUUUGAAAACAAACCACAACCAAAUGGAAACUCUUACAUCACGUUUACUUGAUGGAAAUGUGGGCUCAAGUCACAGGCCAAUCAAUAUUAUUUGUGAUCUAAUUUUAGAUUUAUUGUAGUAAAAGCCCUUAUUUCGAUGGCUAAACUGAUUCAGUGCGCCAGUAAAGGGAGGAGUAGCUCAGUAUUGAUGCAUUUAAGCAUUUUAUAACCAUUCAUGCCUUCACUGUAAUGAAAAAGCCUUACGUUUGACUGUUUUGAAUGUUGUACAGAUAGUACUGCUUACUUGUACCAUUUUUGGAUGGGUGUUAGUAAAUCAGAUGAGUCUGAUUUGUGUUAACAAAUUAUUUUUGAAAAUGUUAAGUAAAUGAAGACAUCCUGGUCCCUUGAGGGCUUGGAUAAAGCUUGUGUAUUUUCCUUAUUAUUACACUUCCUCCAAGCUCCAUUCCCUCAUAGCAGACCAGGCUUCAGUCACAUUAGAAGAAACUUUGGGGCUUUGGCAUUACCAUAGUUAAGUAGACACUAAGAUCUAUUUCAGAUAUGUUUUAUAGGGUGGGAAUUUAUGUUGUUAAAACCUUCUUAAACAUGUACAAAUAAAGUGUGUAUGUGUGUGUAUCUUUGCUUGGGAUUAUCUGAGCAUGUAACAUGAACCCUAGUUAAAGGUUCAUAUUUAAAGGACAAAUAGUAACCUUUAUAAAACAUUCACCAUACUAUUUCUCGGAGAGGAGAAAUCACCCGCUGUGUAUGCAAGUCCAUGGCCUUUGUAUUUGUGUAUUUGUGUGUGUGUGUGUGUGUGUGUGUGUGUGUGUGUGUGUGUGUGUGUGUGUGUGUGUGUGUGUGUGUGUGUGGCAGCAUGGUUGGCAUUGUUGGCACAUACCAACUGUAAGGGAAACUGGACUAUUUCCAAUAAUAAUUGAGUCCAAACAAGACCAGCAUUGUCCUUAUCAGAGUUUUAAGUAAAGACCAGGACUGGAUAGUUUUCAUUCAUGGCUAAAUUCUUUUAAGUACCAAUUGCCAUUAUUAUUCCCAUUUCAAGUGAAUUUUCAAUUAUUUCCACUGGUUGGAAUUUAUUUUUGUGCUAUGGAAGUGAAUGUUAUCAUUUCCGUGACCUAAAACUUGUUAUUAUCGGUUCUAUGUCCCUCUUGUAGCUCUUAACUAAUAAUUUAAUCACAAAUGUAGUUCUUUAGUCAUUAUGAAUUAUUAUUAUUAUUAUUUUUUUUUAAUGUGAAAACUGACUGUACAUGUCCAAUAAAUCUUAUUAAGAUGA